AUGGUGGAACAAGAUCCCCAUGAAGUGCGCCAGCUGGUGCAAAGCCUAGAGGCUGCCACCAAGAGAAGCAGAAGCGAGUCAAAGAAAACAUUUAGCUGCAAAAAGUCCACCUUUGUUGUCGCUGGGUCCCAGAAUAUCUCGGUGCACUCGUGGCGGUUCAUGGAUUGGGAUUACAAGAGAUCGGACUUGCCCACAUACGCUCGCGGUCUGUUUUCUACAAAACUCAAAGAUGGACGGGAUGAAAUAUGUAUUCGGGGCUACGACAAGUUCUUCAAUGUGGAUGAAGUGAAUGAGACGAAAUGGCGCAACGUCGAGACCAACACGCGGGGUCCUUACGAGCUCAGUGUUAAAGAAAAUGGAUGCAUCAUAUUCAUAUCAGGCUUGGAAGACGGCACGCUUCUGGUGUGUAGCAAGCAUUCAACCGGUAAACGUAGCGAUACACCACUCAGCCAUGCACAAGCCGGCGAGCAAUGGGUCGAAAGACAUCUCAGCAAAGUCGGCAAAACAGUGAAGGAGUUAGCUCUGGAGCUGCGGAGGAUGAAUGUUACUGCUGUUGGAGAGCUUUGUGAUGAUCGAUUCGAAGAACAUGUCCUUGCUUACGAGGAAGAGGUUGCGGGCAUUUAUCUUCAUGGACUCAACUACAAUCUCCCUGAAUUCACAACUUUACCUGGACCAGAGGUGCAUAGAUUUGCCGAUGAAUGGGGUUUCAGGAAAGCCGAGUUCAUUGUCAUGGAGGAUAUCAAGACCGUCAAGGAAUUUCUAGAUAAAUGCGCCGAGACAGGAUCAUGGAAUGGUCGAGAUACCGAAGGCUUUGUGAUUCGUUGUCAGUUGGGAAAUGGCAAGUCGGACAAUUACAGAGAUUGGUUCUUCAAGUACAAGUUUGAGGAGCCCUAUUUGAUGUAUCGACAGUGGCGUGAAGCGACAAAGGCUGUCAUUGCAGGAAGAGUACCUAACAUCAGGAAGCACAAGAAGAUCACCGAAGAAUAUUUGAUUUACGCUCGACAACAAUUGGCCAGGGACCCCCAACUUGCCAGACUAUACAACCAAAACCAUGGUAUCAUCGCCAUGAGGCAAGGAUUUCUGGAUGAGAGAGGGUUGAAAGGCUCGGAAAUCAUUGCAAUGGAGAAUGAAGGGGAUCUUGACUCGGAAACGCCAGCUAAAAAUUUCGUCUUUGUUCCCGUUGCGUCAAUCGGAUGCGGCAAGACAACGGUUGCUUUGGCAUUGGCCAAUCUCUUUGACUGGGGCCAUGUUCAAAACGAUAAUUUGGGUCAACAAAAGAACAAAGCCCAAAAGUUUGCUUUGAUGGUAACCAACUCACUAGCAGCCAAGACUGCUGUCAUAGCGGAUCGGAACAAUCACCAAAAGCGGGAAAGGAAACAGAUUAUUGAUGAUGUGACGAAAAUCAUUCCCGAUACCAAGUUCAUUGCAUUGCACUGGGUGCAUGAGCCGAAGGGAUUAUUGCUAGAUGAUAUCCGACAAAUCACCAGGGAACGUGUUCUCACACGAGGAGAUAACCAUCAAACCAUCCGAGCUGGAAGCAAAGACAACGCAGAAAUUAUUGGAAUAAUGGAAGGAUUCUUGCACCGAUUUGAAGCAAUCGAUGUAGAUCGAGAACCUGACAUGUACUUCGACGAAGUCAUUGAUCUAGAUGUGGGAGACUCGUCUCGUGAGAAUCUGGAAAAGAUUGUUACCAGGUUGCACAAUGUUUAUCCAAACCUUGUCAAGCGAAUCCCGGAUAGCGCCGAACUAGAUGCUGCCAUUGCAUCGGCAUUGAAUGAGUAUCGCGUUGACACAGACCUUAGCUGGGAAACCAGCAAGAAGGCAGAGAAGAAGGCAGAAAAGGUAUCCAAGAAGAAUGAGGCCACCAUCAGUGCUGCUUACAGUAAUGCCCAAGAUCCUAUGGUAUUAGUCAAGCACAUCGAAUAUAUCGGAAUCUCAGUGCCAACAACAGAUAUCCAGCAACUUCUUACCUCUAUUUUCAACGACACAACUGGGCCAGCAGAGCGAAACAAGUUCUACAACCACCUCAAGAACUCGCGCCGUAUCCAGCCCAGUUUCCAUGUAACUCUGAUCCAUCGUGCAUUGAGCAAAGAGCAACCACAGAUCUGGGAACAAUAUACCGAUUUGUACAUCAGCCGAAUGAACGAGAGAGUUUCUCAGGGUUUACCAAUCAACCCACCAACAAAACUGGCCGAUGCCCGCGUACGCGUUGAGCGACUAGUAUGGAAUGACGAGAUUAUGGCCUUUGUCGUGCGCAUACUAGCCCCUGAGCGCAACAAUAACGACGACAAUUUACAAGAAAAACUUCCUUCGUCAUGGCCCUGCGUCAAUCCCGUCCCACACAUUACAGUAGGCACGGCAAAUCCAAACAUCAAGCCCAAACAGAGCAACGACUUGUUACAGAGGUGGCUCGAGGUCGGUUCCGGGAGCGACACGGGCAUUUGGGAGGCGGAGGUACCUGGUGUCAAGGUGCUGGAAGGUAGUGUUUUGCCUGUUAUGAUGAGGGGAAAAUAG